AUGAGACCCGCCGUCCUGACCGCCGCCCGCCUUCUGCUCCUCCCCCUCGCCUCCGCCGCGCCCCUCUCCGGCUUCUUCGACCGAUCCCGCGUACACACCUUCGCUGACGACGACGCCCCCAAAGACGCCGACGACCCUUCGCUAUGGAUCUAUCUCGCCGUCGCCAUUGCGCUCGUACUCCUCGGAGGAGUCUUCGCGGGUCUGACCAUUGCGUUGAUGGGGCAGGAUGAGACGUAUUUGCAGGUCAUUGCUACGUCUGGUGACGGCAGUGAGAGGAGACAUGCGGAGAAGGUGUUGAAGCUGUUGAACAAGGGGAAGCAUUGGGUGUUGGUUACGUUGCUGCUCAGUAAUGUCAUUACGAAUGAGACGCUGCCGAUUGUGCUGGAUCGGAGUUUGGGCGGUGGAUGGCCGGCGGUUGUGAGUAGUACUGUGCUGAUUGUCAUCUUCGGUGAAGUCGCGCCUCAAUCUGUCUGCGUACGAUACGGUCUAUCCAUCGGUGCCUUCAUGGCGCCUUGUGUCCUUGUCCUCAUGUGGAUUAUGUGCCCUGUCGCCUGGCCUACCGCGAAGCUUCUCGACUGGCUGCUGGGUGAAGAUCAUGGAACCAUGUAUAAGAAAGCAGGUCUCAAGACGCUGGUGACAUUGCACAAGACUUUGGGCACAGGUGCUGGGGAGAGAUUGAUGGAGGAUGAGGUCACGAUCAUCAACAGUGUGCUCGAUCUCAAAGAGAAGCCGGUGGGAGACAUCAUGACGCCCAUGCAAGACGUCUUCACGAUGAGUGCCGAUACGAUCCUGGACGAGCGAAUGAUGGACACGAUCCUCUCGCAGGGCUACUCAAGAAUACCCAUCUAUGCUCCCGAGAACCCGCGGAAUUUCAUUGGCAUGCUGUUGGUCAAGAUCUUGAUCACAUACGACCCCGAAGACUGCAAGCGUGUCCGCGACUUUUCUCUAGCCACCCUUCCUGAGACGGCACCUCACACCAGCUGUCUGGACAUCAUCAACUUCUUUCAAGAAGGCAAGAGCCACAUGGUACUGGUUUCAGAUUUCCCUGGUCAGGACAAGGGCGCACUUGGUGUUGUGACACUGGAAGAUGUGAUUGAAGAGCUAAUUGGAGAGGAGAUCAUCGACGAAAGUGACGUGUUCGUUGAUGUACACAAAGCGAUCCGACGAAUGGCUCCUGCGCCGAAGACACGAUUCAACAGCCGGCAAUGGCUGUCCUCGGAGAGGGAACGAGAUCAAGCUCUGGUAGAUAUCGAGGAUGGAAAGGAACCCAAUGAAAACGAACCUCUGCUGAAGAAGGAGAGUGGAGCCGGUAGCCGAAAGUCGUCACUCGCGAAUGGUCAGGCGACGUUCUUGAUGCGUAGGAAGUCCAGUGCGGCGUCGGAUGUUCCGCAGAAUGCGCCAACUGUGCCUGUUAGAACCAGGCCUGUCGACAUGAAGGAGCAUCUCAAACAUCUGGGACCAUCGAAUGCGGCGAGCCACCCUCGGCAAACGAAGUAUACGUCGGUGAAGAUCAAGCCGGGGGUCGGCACGAUUCCUGAGAACAGAGCCACUACUAGAGGCGCGGAGAUGGAGCGAUCUAAAAGCAAUUCGAUUAUGACGCCUUCGACGACUACAGCCAUUGACCAUGUGAGCGACAAGGCCGAAGUCAAUUCGUUGAGGGGCAAGGUCGCCAGUGGUGGGGCGGCCGCCGUGUAUGGGACUAUGGGAACGCCAACGCAGAGUGUACGACGGAUGUCGGAAGAAGUUAUGAGGCCUAUGAGUGCGCAUGAAGCCUCGCUAGUGGCACAGGAGAACACUGGCGACGAACGGCAAUCCCCUGCUGCAACGAACGGCCCAGCCGGAGAUCAAUCCAUGGAGCCGCUGAAACUUCCGGGGAAGAUGGUCGUCGGCGACACCGUGACCGAGGAGCCAGCCGCGGCAGACGGCGAAGACGACACCGUCGGCGAAUUGGGAGGAGGAAGUUCAUUCUCGACCGAGCGCUCUUCGAAACGCCGACUAGCCGCACGAUCGGGCAGUAUCACCGAAACGACCGUCGACUCCGGAGGACUGAAAAAAGUCGUCCUCGAAACCACCAGCAGCAGCGAGGAAGGCCUCGAAGACGGUACGAGAAGCCCCAAGAGCACCGGGGGCGGCGGCGGCAGGAGUCCCAUGUUCUUCGGCAUGACUGCGAGGAAAACGGACGAGGAAGACGAGGAAGACGAGGAGAGUAGUGGGAAAGGUGGAGAGGCUGGUGAGGGGCAGAACGGCGAGGGGAAGAGGAAGCGGAAGAAGAGGGGGAAGAGGAAGAAGGGUGGUUCGUAG